GUGUACGCCGUGGACAGGUCGCCAGCCUAUUGCAGGGCUAACACAGAGACAAACAACCAUUCGCGCUCACACGCAAGCCUAGUUCAGAGUCACCAAUCAGCCUAACGAGCAUGGCUUUGGAGGUGGGAGGAAACCGGAGUACCAAGAAAGGCCCGACUCGAACGUGGACCUUCUCACAGGGAGGCAUCGGCUGCUGUGCCGCCCUAGUUUGACGUCAUAAACGUUUUAUUUUUUUGUCAUAUUAGAUUAAACAUACAUUUUCACACAAUUUGCGGGGUUAUCAAUAAUUCUGGUCCUGACAAAUAGGGAUUCUAAAAGUAACGAAGAGCGUUUGAACGCAACAUUAAAUUCUUCAUUUGAGUUCAUUACGACAAUGGCAACGCGCUAACGGCAACUAGCUAACGGUAGCCAAGUGUCAAGUUGUUGACCUAGGUUGUCCUUGUGAUUGAAAAGCGUCGACUAUUUCUAAGCCAACAACACUGUUUAAACUGCUUUAAACAACUCUUACCCGACUUCACAAUGGUUGUGGACGACGUCCAGUUUAUGGCUAUAUUCAAGGGAAAACGUAUCAAACUGACCCUGAAGACUUCUUCAUACUUCGGCGUCGUCCAGCGGAUCAAUCCCAACAAAACGCUGGUCCUGGCGGACGUUGUGUGUUGCACUAACGGCUACAAGUUUCCUGGCACAAAAUUGUUCUUCGGCCACGAGGUCGUGAAUGUGGAAUUAAUCACUGAAGCAAACCGUGACUCUGGAAAUAUUCAGCACCACAGACUUGAAGAGCAGCUGAAGGUGGAGAAGUUUCAGCCGUACAGGAAGUCCAUCACAUGGGACAAUAAUGAUGAAGAUGAAGAAGAGUAUAUCAACUUUGAGGUCAUCGAUGAGUUCCAUGAGAAGUUCGGACCUGCAGUGAUGCACAUCAAGAAACAGCAUGUGAUCGGUGUGGGAGCUGAAGGGGUUGAGAUAUUUAAGAAUGGAAGACUGUGUUGGCUACAGAUUGCAACUAAGUACAAGGUGUACCUCUUUGACCUGCUGUUACUUGGAGGCCGGGGAUUUAAGAACGGUCUCUCCAUGAUCCUGGAAAGUAAGCGCAUAUUAAAGGUCAUUCAUGACUGCAGAGCCAUUGCUGGAUGUUUGAUUGGUCAGUUUGGCGUAAAGCUAACCAACGUCUUUGACACCCAGGUGGCAGAUGUCAUGUGCUUCUACUCAGAGACCGGAGGAUUCCUUCCUAACAGAGUGAGCACCUUUCAGGAGGUGGUGAGUCUCCACCUGAAGGUGCCUUCCUCUCAGCUCUCAUCCCUUCAGCUGAAGUCACAGUUAAUCAAGGAGGACAGGGAGAUGUGGUACAAGCGGCCUUGUCCUGUACACCUACUGAAGGUGAUGGCUCUGUCAGUGAUCCACCUACAGCCUCUUAGACUGGUGCUGCUGGACAUGCUCAUGACUGACUACAUGGUUCUGGUGGAUUCCUACCUCAACAGCAGCUACUGCCAACCAGAUGAACUGGAGUGUGUCAACAUGGAGAGCGAGCUGGAGUUGCCUGCAGAGCUGAGGAAGCUGGACCAAAUGCGUCGCGAGCGGCGGGAGGCGGCUGCCGGCCUCUAUCCCGUCACCGAGCGAGGCCUGCUGGCUCGCUUCAACCCUAAACCUCAGUCUUCAUCCCCGACCUCGCCUACCGCAGAGGACCAGAGCACGACGCAGACAGACCCCUCGAACCCUGCGGUUCCAUCCACUGUGUCGGACCUUGAAAAUCAAACAUCUGCCGACAGUCCUCCACCUGCGGCUGUGGACAGAGGGUGCACGGAUGCGCUGAUGGGUUUAAUGGGUAGAGGAAGGCCCUUACCUUCUGUAGGGAGAGGCUUCCUGCUCCAGAUACCACCGCAUCGGAUCCCCAAAGAGAGCACCGGGGACGUCAAAACUCCAGCUUGGAUGGAGGUGGCUUCUCCUUGUCCCAGCCACACACUUACCCAAGAUGCAAUGCCCCAGCUCGGCCAUCGUGAUAAAGACCUACCCAAGGACAUUUGUGGCUUGAAAGAAGAACCUUUUACAUCUAGUCCUCAGCACCUGCCAUCUCCACUGACCCAGUCAUUCAGUUCUUUCAGAUACUGAAGAAAGCAGGGGGACAUGCUUUACUUAAUGUUGGCUUUUUUUAGCCUUUAUAAUUUCCUACAGUGACCAGUAGAUGGCAGGAAAUAUUCUGUUAUUGCAAAGGUUUGUUUGACGUGUGUUGUUUGAGAAAAGUCGUGUUUGAAAAGAAAUGAUUUCGUUACCUGGACUUUGGUUUACAUAAUUGCUCAGUGUUUGUGUUGUUAAUGCUAAAAGGUGUUCUUUUAUUUAUGCAGUUUUGUUUGGUGUCUUGCCACUAAAUCCCUUUCCCUUUUGUUUUCAUUAAGUGGUAACUGAUUGCACUGUUAACAGUUAAAUGUAUUUUAAUUUAGAAAGGAUUUGUCACUGCAGACUGUUGGAUAAAAAUAACAAAAAAA